CUCACUUUCCAACACUCUCUACAUCUAACAGCUGGUGGAGGAUCUCGGCGUCACGUCACUGCAAGAGAGUACUAUUGUUUCAAGCUACAGAUUCGUGAAGGUCAACUCAAUGUGUUCUUUCAUGCUGGUCGGCUCUUCCAGCAAUUUGCAGUAGAUAUGUAUGUCAGAGUUGAGUCAAUGCGUCUAGAUUGGUACGUGAAGCCAGCAAAUCAGGCUAUAAUUCGUGCAGAUUUAUAUCAGGGUCUUCUUGACACGCUCGCCGUUGGAGAGGCUGAUGCUUCGAAGGCUGGGCUCAGGGUUGUUUUGAGUAAGGAUUUUCCUGGUAGUGAUCGUGAUGUGCAAAGUAGGUUCAUGGAUGCAAUGACACUGGUUACACGGUAUGGGAAGCCAGAUUUCUUCGUAACAAUGACAUGCAAUCCGUAUUGGGAUGAGAAAGUUGUAGAAUUGCUGCCACGGCAGACACCCCAAGAUCGACCUGAUGUUGUUGCGAGGGUGUAUCAUGCUAAGUUGUUGGACCUUCAUGAUUUUUUGAUUAAAAAGGGUCACUUGGGCACGGUUGCUGCAUGGGCGCAUGUAACAGAGUUUCAGAAGAGGGGCCUGCCACAUGAGCACUUUCUGCUGGUUAUGGAGUCCGGGAGUAAGCUAAAGAGUCCUGAUGAUUAUGAUAGAUAUAUUUCAGCUGAACUUCCUGACAAGAAAAAGUAUCCUUAGUUACAUAAGCUUGUAUGCAAACAUAUGAUGCAUGAUCCAUGUGGAGUUCUAAACAAGGACUGUCCAUGCAUGGUUGAUGGUGAAUGUCGCUUCCGGUACC